AUGUUACGUUCAACUAUAAUUAAAUCAAUUAAAUACAAACCACAACCUAUUAUUUAUAAUAGACAAUAUUCAAUUAUUAAAGCUGCUACUAAAGUUGUUUUUGGUGAUAAAGGUGUUAAAGAAGUUGAAAAAAAAGAAGCUCAAGCUCAAGGCGCAAAUUUAGAUGCUGGUAGAAAAGCUGCUAAUAGUAUAGAUGAUGCUCAAAGAAAAGCUUCAAAUAUUGAUACAAAAGAUGUUAAAGAAGGUGCAGAACAAGCUUAUGAAUCAGUUAAAGAUAAAGCAAAUAUUAAUGAUUCCACAAUUAAACAAACUGCUGAUACAAUAAAUAAAAAAACUGGUAAAGUUUUAUCUGAAGGUUUAGAAGGUGCUGAAUCAUUAUCUAAUAAAGCUUCAGGCGCUGUUAAAUCAGCGGCAGGUUCAUUAAAAUCAACUGCAGAAUCAAUUAAUAAGAAAACUGGUGAAGUUUUAGCUGAUGGUAUAGAAAAAAGUGAGGAUGUAGUUGGUAAUGCAUCGAAUUUGACUUCAAAAGCUAAAAAUGUAGCUAAUGGUGUUCAAAAAAAAGCUGGUAACAAAUUAGCUGAUGGUGUUGAAAAAGGUGAAACUUUAGCUGCUCAUUCAGAAGCAAAAUUAAAAGUUAAAACGAAUACUGCCGGUUAUAAAGAUUUAAAAGAUAAAGGCGAGAAAGCUCCAAUUGAACAAAAUAGACCUGAUGAUGCUAUGUAG